CGGCAAUCGCCACGUUGCGCGCCAUGAGGCCAUGAGGUCUCCUCUUCGGUUGGCCGUUGCUUUUUCUUCUGCCUCACACUCUCUCUGUUCUCACAAUCACGUUGGGUCCUGUUUGGCUGCUAACAAAUUCUCGGAAUCCGCCAUGGAGAAAAAGGACUCUCAAGACAAAAGGGAUCAGAUGAGGGAAGCCCAUUACAAGGAGUCAUGCGAGGAUAGCGCAAGAAAACGCAUUUCUGAUGAUAUCAUUCCUCAUAUUCUGCACCUAUAUGGAUCUUGUGCAACACCUCGUGACUUUGAAAUAUAUGCUCCAGAUGCUUCUUUCGAGGAUCCGCUUAUGUGUGCUAAUGGGGUGAAGCAGAUAAAAUCAGCAUUCUACUCACUUUCCAAGAUCUUUAGCGAAUCAAGAAUUGUGGAAUAUACUGUUGAAGAAAAUUUAAUUUCUCCUGGAAAGCAAGAGAUAUUAAUUGACAACAAGCAAUUCUACAAGUUCUUAGGUAAAAACAUAGACAUGAUAUCACUCAUCAAGUUGUACGUGGUGGAUGGGAAAGUUGUUCGCCAUGAAGAUUGGUGGAACAAGAAGCCUCUUUUGAAUAGGGAGACAGUAAAGCUGCCACUCAUUGGCCGAAUUGUAGAAAUGACUCGCAGGGGUUCAAUGCUGGCAACUCAUGCAAUGAUGAGGUUUGGGAAGGAUCCAUCUAUUUAAACUUACUUUUGAAACCAAUGGUGGAUUAUGUUCUGCUCCUGCUUGUGCGUUUCGGUCCUGGCAUUUGUUUCUUGCUGAGGAAUGUCUGCUGGUUAAUCGUUGUCCAGUUCAUUGUGCAUGUGGUUUGGUGCUAGGUAACUAAAUAUGCAGGUUAAGACAAACUUACUUAAGUUCUAUAUGCUUGAAGAGAGAUUUGCCAAAAUGGUAUUCCUUUUGCUGCAUGUAGGGAUUUGUUUAAACAUUACAUAUUAGAAUAUUAAUUAAGUGAUUAAAUUCAUAAUUUCUUAUCAGCUUAAACGUUUGAAAUAAGUUGUGAUUUAACAUGUUAUCUGAAUAAAAGUUUUGAGUUCAAACACUGUC